AUGUCGGUUUGUGCAUCCGCUCGUGUUGAACAAAAAUUCCUUUUGAGGGCCUGCAUGUGGUACAACUUUGAGCAAGAAAAAUCGGCUGCUGAACCUCAUCGUGCCAUUCCUGAGCGUUUCGAAAACGGUAAUGAAAGCUUGGAGGACGAAGAGCAUGGAAGUCGGCCUCAAAUCGUCGAUAACCAAGUGUUGAAGACCGUCAUUGAUUGGAUCCACACCAAACCACCCGAGAACUGGCAACACAUGUUAGCUGCUCGAACUCUACCAUCCAUGAGCAUUUGCUGGCAAUUGGCAAGACGAACAGGUGCAGAAAAUGGGUACCGGGUGUUACUUGAUGUAAUGAAAUCACCCAGGGGUUCAAAUAACCAGAUUUACAGACAUUUGUUGCUUCUUUCCAGCAAUCCAUUCAAAUGGAAGACCAGUAAAAUCCUGUCGUACAAUAAACUGCUGAUUUCCUUUAUAUUUCAGCUUCAUUUUCAUGGAGAUCGAAGAAUGAGCUUCUGA